CGCAUCGGGAUUGGCUACGCCGCGCUCUGCGCAGGCCUUGGGGUGGCGGCGGCGCUGCCGGCGUCCGGCCGAGGGAGGCGGGUGCGCCGGGAUCGGGAGGGCAAUGGGUCAAGAGGCUGGUAAACCUGCUUGGCCCAAACCAGCAGGAGGAUAUCAGACUAUUACAGGCAGAAGAUAUGGAAGAAGACAUGCUUAUGUCAGUUUUAGACCAUCUUUGACCAAUCAAGACAGAAAUGUGAACCAGCACAAUGAAGAAUGUGAAGGAUUAGAAUUAGAUGAUGUUCCGAAACAGGAGUCUUUAUGUUCCAGUCCGUUGGUUCCAGUUUGUUCUGCUUUAUCAGAUGAACCUUUGAUAGAAAGCAUUGGAUCUGAAGUUCCUGUUUGUCGAACUAUAUUGAGCCAAACUAUUGCAACAAAUGACUUGCCAUUUUCUCCAGUUUGUUACAAUGUGGAAGAUGACCAAACCUCAGAGAGCAGUGUAAAUCCUGAUGAAAAGUCAGAAGAUUGUUCAGAUUCUAUUUCUGGAGAGAGUAAUGAUCUGAACGGUCAAAAUGGAAUUGCUUUUGUAAAUAUUGACUCUUAUGAGCCAGAUAGUAGUGAUGGAGAAGACAAUGAUGAUGAUCAAGUUGGUGUUUCUUUGACAAAAAAGGAAGCAGAAACACUUCAAGAAAGUCUUGAUAACAUGAUUUCUGAGUUAGAGAAAGGGGUAGAGUCCUUGGAUGGUCUGCAGUCACGAUUGUCUACCUUUAACCAGAAUACAUCUAGAGAAGGUUUGGUAGAACUAGAAUCAGUGCCUCUUAUGAGGUGUUCUAGCAUAGAUUCAGACCUUGCCCAUCAAAACAAUAGGACACUUGAAAAGUCAUCUGCAGAUGAAGCUACCCUAAAAAAUAACUUAAGUAGUGCUAGUUUUGAAACGCAACAAAGAAAAAAUGUAGCAGAUGUUGUAAUCGGAACCCCUAUAGAAACUUGUAAUGAAUCAAAUGCCAAUGAUGGCAAGACUGAACAAGGAAAUUCACCUGAGCUGGUUGUGAGGCCUAAAGUUAGAAAACAGAAUGCUACUCACCAGUUGGAUAGAAAGAAGCUGCUAGUUACUAGUGAUGAUGAAGAGAAAAGUAGUACUAGAAGGCGGAGUGAGAUUGUUGAAGUCCAGCCAGGCAGUGGAGAUUGUGCCUUGCAAAAUGGCAAAGAAAAAAUGAAUUCCAGUAUAUUCUUUGACCCAAAGGACUAUGAAGGUGCUCAAAAGAAAACAAAAAGUGAUCUAAUAAAAAAUGUAACUGUUCAAGAAAGAAAAAAUGUAUUAGAUGAUAGCACUUUCUGGGAUGAGUUUGAAGAUUGCAACAGACAUUUAUCUGGCUCCAACAAAGAUGAAGACAGCUCUGAAUGCAGUGAUGGGGAAUGGUCUGCCUCUUUGCCCUCCUACUUCGCUACUACAGAAAAAGACCAGUCCUCUAGUGAUGAGAGCUGGGAGACUCUUCCAGGCAGAGAAGAACAUGAACCUGAAGUGCAGAGCAACAGUAGUGGCUUAGAAGAAGAGAACCCAGAAUUCUGUUUCCAAGGAGGGGAACAGAUCUCUUUGGAAGAAGGAGAGAUUCCUUGGCUGCAGUACCACGAAGAAAUUGAAAGUAGCAGUGAUGAGGAAAAUGACCCAGUUAGCCAUUUUGUGCACCCAGGAUUCUUCAUGUUGGAUGGGAACAAUAAUCUUGAAGAUGACUCCAGCAUGAGUGAAGACUUAGAUGUGGAGUGGAGACUACUUGAUGAAUUUGGUGAUGGCCUAGCAGUUGCUCAAGCCAUUUCUUACGUGGAUCCUCAGUUUCUCACAUACAUGGCAUUGGAAGAGCGCUUAGCACAAGCCAUGGAGACUGCUCUGGCACAUUUGGAAUCUCUUGCAGUUGAUGUGGAGCAGGCUCAUCCACCAGCCAGUAAAGAAAGCAUAGACUGUCUGCCACAAACCGUUAUUACAGAAGAUCAUAAUGCUGUAGGUCAGGAACAAUGUUGUGCUAUCUGUUGCAGUGAAUACGUAAAAGAUGAAAUAAUAACGGAGCUGCCCUGUCACCAUUUCUUUCACAAACCCUGUGUAACUUUGUGGUUACAGAAGUCGGGAACAUGCCCUGUAUGCCGUCAUGUACUUGCACCUGUCCUCCCUGAAGCAGCCGCCGCUUCCUUCUUGUCUGAUCAUGAUUCCCCUCCCUCAGUCCACAGCACUUCAGGAACACAAUAAAAUAAGUAUCUGAAAUGAGAUUUUGGCCCAUCAAGCUAAAAAUGUAAAUCUUUCCUGUUUAAUUACAAUGUGAAAAUGAUUAUAUAUAAGAAUAUUAUAUAGAAAAAUGCUAUAUAUAGUAUAUAUUUUAGUUUAGAAAGAGAAUGUAAGACUUUCUAAACUAUGUUUAGGUUUAUGGUAAUAGCUAAAAUUUUCAAACUGAAAGUCGGGGGAAAAAACAUUGCACCCAUUCUCUGCAGUAGACUAUUUCUGUUACUUGUAAUGUCUUAAGCUUGUAACCCGCCAGAUUUGUCCAAAAGAUUGAUCAUUAAUGUGGCACUUCACGUUCAAAUUCUUGCAACUGCAGUGCAGUUGGAGCUUAUUAAAGUUACGCGUAUAACCUGUUUUACUUAAUAUAACUAUUUUUUUUUGUCAAAGAUAGUGCCACUGAGUGACUUUGUAAUUGAUCUCUCAUAUUUGCAUCAAAUGUGAAGACAUUCUGUGAUCACAGCAGUAGUAAAAUUUGGUUUCACUGGAAAUAAAUUUGCAUAAUUCAACCA